GCCAAUGCUUUCUUAGCUCAGAGGAUUUCUUCGGUUAAUGCCAUUUCCGCAUUGUGUGAGGCCACUGGUGCCAAUGUUACAGAGGUGGCCUAUGCUGUCGGGAAGGACUCGAGGAUUGGUCCAAAAUUCCUUAAUGCUAGUGUUGGUUUUGGCGGCUCCUGCUUCCAGAAGGAUAUCCUGAAUCUUGUUUACAUUUGUGAGUGCAAUGGUCUUCCUGAGGUUGCCAACUACUGGAAGCAGGUCAUCAAGAUCAAUGAUUACCAGAAGAGCCGUUUCGUGAACCGGGUUGUCUCAUCGAUGUUUAACACUGUUUCUGGAAAGAAAAUUGCUGUGCUUGGUUUUGCCUUCAAGAAAGACACUGGUGAUACGCGGGAGACACCAGCAAUUGAUGUCUGCAAGGGCUUGCUUGGCGACAACGCAUCAAUCAGCAUCUAUGAUCCACAGGUUUCUGAGGAUCAGAUUCAACGUGAUCUUGCCAUGAAUAAGUUUGACUGGGACCAUCCAAUUCACCUCCAGCCGUUGAGCCCAACAGCAGUCAAACAAGUGGCUGUUUCCUGGGAUGCUUAUGAAGCUACCAAAGGGGCACAUGGAAUCUGUAUAUUGACCGAGUGGGAUGAGUUCAAGUCAUUGGAUUAUCAGAGGAUUUAUGACAACAUGCAGAAGCCAGCAUUCUUGUUUGAUGGACGCAAUGUGGUUGAUGCGGAUAAGCUAAGGGAGAUUGGGUUCAUUGUAUAUGCAAUUGGCAAGCCUCUAGAUCCUUGGCUUAAGGACAUGCCCGCUGUGGCGUGAUGAUGGAAUAGUAAAGAGGGAAGCUUUGGAAGACUUGUAGCUGACAAUAUAGAAUAAUUCUUUACAAGUAUUGUUCUUUAUUCUAGAAAUUGUCUACUUUUCUUUAUUCUAGAAAUUGGCUACUUGCUUAAUGGCUA